AUGACGGACGUCCGGUCCAAGAACCUCUACGAGCUUCUGGGUAACGACCCAGAGCUCGACCCCAGCAGACCCGCUCCUCCCCCCGCCAAGGCUGUCGACCGCCCCGUCGACCGCUCCGGAAAGCGUGAUACCCCCAAGGAGCAACCUGCUCGUCACAAUGAGUCCAACGCUCGCCGCGGUGGCCGUGUGACCGCUGGCAACGAGGCCGCUUACCGUGACCGCAACGCCGGCCGCAACAACAACCGCGAGAAGCCUACUGAUGAGGCUGCUCAGCCCGCCCGCCGUGGUGGCCGUGGCCCCCGCGGUGACCGUCAGUCCCGCACUGGCCAGACCGACACCCGCAAGCAGGUCCAGCAGGGCUGGGGUGCCGAGAGCGGCGAGAAGACCUGGGAUGAUGAGCGCCAGGGUGAGAAGAUUGCCAAGAAGGAUGAGUCCGAGGCCCAGACCCCCGCCGAGGCCGAGGAGCAGGAGGAGCCCGAUAACUCCAAGUCCUUCGCCGACUACCUUGCCGAGAAGGCCCAGCGCGAGAACCUCGCCGCCAAGCCCGAGCGCACCGCCAACGAGGGCAGCAAGCUCGACAAGAAGUGGGCUGCCGCUAAGGAGCUCGCCAAGCAGGAGGAGGCCUCUUACAUCCCCGCCUCCGGCGAGAAGGCCAAGCGCGAGAAGCAGCGCAAGGAGAAGAACUUCCUUGACGUUGACCUGCGCUACGUCGAGCCUCCCCGCAGCGGCCCCGCCCCCCGCGGCCGUGGCGACCGUGCCCCCCGUGGUGACCGCCCCGCCCGUGGUGGUGAGCGCAGCGAGCGCGGCCGCGGUGCCCCCCGUGGCGACCGUGCUCCCCGUGGUGACCGCCCUGCCCGUGGCGGUGCUCCCCGCGCCAACGCCCGCGGCCCUGCCGGCCCCACCGUCGACGAGAAGAACUUCCCCAGCCUCGGCGGCAACUAA